GAAGGCGCUGCGGGCGGUUCCGGGGCGGGCGGCGGCCAUAGCGCGGUGACCGAGGGGACGCGGCCAUGGGGAAGCACUUCGGGAACCUGGCGCGGGUGCGCCAUGUCAUCACCUACAGCCUGUCGCCCUUCGAGCAGCGCGCCUUCCCCAACCUGCUGUCCCACGGCAUCCCCAACGUGGGCCGCCGCUUCGCCUCGCAGGUCUUGAAGGUGGUGCCCCCCCUGGCCAUCGGGUACCUCAUCUAUUCCUGGGGGACAGAGGAGUUUGAGCGGCUCAAGAGGAAGAACCCGGCUGACUACGAGCACGACAAGUGACCACGAGCAGUGACCGCGAGGCUCCGGAGCACCCUGGGGACCUGCUGUGCUCGUUCCCAUGGCUGGAGGGGAUUAACAGCGAGAUAAGCCUCGGCUAAUAAACUGUAACUUUGCCCCGUGA